AUGUUAUCCAAAAUAGCAGCAGUAAAGAACAUCGAGAAACGCGUAUCCACGGAAUUGGUUGGAGAAAACUACAGGAGUCUUUCUGCCACGAUCAUACUGGCCAAAUUCGAACAUAAACUGCGGCAAGAGAAGAACCUUGCGGAACUCAGAAUUAAGACAAAGCUUUUAGAGGUCAUCGAGUUACGAUCGACGUUGUUGGAACACUAUGACGAAAUUCUGGAUAGCGCACAGAAGUCGAAUGAAGAGAAACGUAUAUCGACAUUCGAGAAGUCAAUAAUUACACAUAAAUGGUUCCUUGAUAGAUUAAAGGGUAUCGUCGAGAGCCUCUCCAUACCUGGAUUGGCCGAUGAAACGAAUGAAUUCGAUGCUUUUUGUAUGAUUCUACAGGAUUGGAUCAAUAUCAUGAUUGACGAGUGGAAAGAUGUCCUUGAAGGGUAA